AUGGUAGACUUCCAAGAAACUUUCGCAGAAUUAUUGUUAUUAAGGAGAUUCGAUCACCUAAAACCAGACAGCAUUCUGGAGAAGGAAAGACUGGAAGAGAAGGAGAAGGAAGCGCGCAGAGAACGAAUUUCCGUCGAGGAUCUGAAAAAUAAACCAAGAAUAGCUGUAACUGGCUGCCAUCGUGCUGGCGUGGACGCAUUCAUGACCGGCUACGCGGCCCUUUUCCAGUGUCGCUUACGCCUUUCUCGGGAAGGGAAAUUGGACGACCAGCACGUGAACCGGAUACCUUUGUCUGGAAAGCAAGAGGCAAUGAUAAUCCAAUCGACCAAGUUCUCAGGAAACUGUACCAAACAUGAAAAUCGCUUUGCAGAAAUUCAGUCAGCGAGGGACAGAAAUAGUAGUGCUGUUAUCUCAUCUUCCCAAAGCUGA